AUGGCACACUUCUCGAUCUUAGACAGCGAGGAGGCCAAGAACAUCGCGGUUGUCCACAAGACAAAUCAAGGCUACUCCGGGAAGGACCUAUGGAAGCUGAAGCAAGAGCGGCCCGAGCUGUUUGGGGGCGUGGCGGCAUCCGCGCCAUCUGGGAAGCCUGCGCCACCGGGUUUCGAGCAAGUGCGAGAGAUGCCAGGGUGGCUGUACAAUCGGGACAAGGCUUUGUACUUCCAGCGCGAGAGUGGACUCCUGUAUUGCCGUGAUGCCCACAAUGAGCUCUAUGAGUUGCAUCAAGGUGAGGAUUAUGGCGGUGCCUUGACAGUUCGUGGCGAUGCUGCCACGGUGUCCACUAAGGGGCAGGCAGCGAGUCGGAAUGUCAUCAUCAAUGAUCUCCAUCGUGCUGCAGCCUCCAUGAAGCUCGACUUCUCCCACCAUGAUAGCCCAGCCGCGAUGUUUGCCGUUUAUGAUGCAUCUGCUGGGCGCGGUGAGCAUGCUGAAGCAGCUGCAAAAGGGCUCCACAUGCAGCUUCUGCCUCGCCUUGCUGCGUGGCGCGGCCGCUGGCAGAACGACCGGCUACAGGGCGUUCUCGCGGAAUCCAUUGCGCAGCUGAGGCAGGAAAUCGCUCCAGAAAGGGGUGUUGCCUUGGCAGUUGCACUUCUGCUUGGUGGACGGUUGACUAUGGCCGCAACGGGUGGUGCGAUUUGCAUGAUUUUCGGGCAAGUGGGUCAGUCUGAUGGAAAUGUGGACAACUUGGAGGUGGUCGGGCCAGACAAUGAUGAUGCAGAGGCGACGACGCACUGUGCCGUGCUGGAGGACAGUCACCUGGGAGCCUUGCUCACGGUAAAGGGUGUGAGGAAUUCUGGAUUGCCUCCGGCCAGAAUGCGGGCCCUGGCACGAUCACACGUCAUGGCAGAUCGGCCACGGGCAGGGUGUGUGGCACUGCUGCAGGAAGCUCGCAAGGUUGGUGGUGAACCUCCCUUGGUCGCAGCUGCAGUGCGGUUCUCGUGGUCUGCUUCCCGCGGUCAGGAGCCAAAGCGCCAGCGAACAGAUGCACCCCUCGCCAAGGUUCGCUGCAGACACCUCUUGCUGCGCUACGUCGGAUGCCAGGCUUUGCUCGGUGACAGACGCAAGAAGCCCACGCGCAGUCUGGGAGAUGCUGAGACGCAAAUGCUGCAAAUUCUCCCAGAGAUCGCCAAUGGUGGACCUGCUGCAUUCACUGCAAAGUGCAAAGAAAUCUCUGAGUGCGACACAGCCAUGAAAAGUGGAGACCUGGCCGGCGACUUGGGGUGGCUUGACAGAGAUCCGGCCAAAAACCGGAAGGUGCCAGCUGCUGUGGUUCGGGCCGCCGUCCUCCUGGCGGUCGGGCAGGUGAGUGACCUUGUAUCAUCUGAGCGCGGGAUACAUGUCAUUCUCAGAACUGCCUGA